AUGGAGCGUGAAAGAUUGGACAGCGGAUCGUCGCGUAGAAGCCGAUCCUCGAACGGGGAGCGGGAUUACCACCAUGCGGACGGUGCCAAGCGACUGCGCCUUGACGCCCCCAGCGAGACCGAUAACAGGGAUCGGCGCUACGCUGCCGAAGUAGAGCAGCAGUGGCCCAGCCACAAAAUUGUGAAAUUGAAUGUGGGGGGCCAGAAGUACACGACCACCGUUGCCACCCUCCGCCGCGCCAGGGGUUCUCUCUUGGAGGCGAUGUUCUCCAACACCAGCAUCCCAGCCCAAGAUGAGGAGGGAGCCUACUUCAUUGAUAGAGACGGUACCUUCUUUUCUCUCAUUCUCAACUUCUUGCGAGACGGUAGCGUUGAGUUGCCUACGGAUGGGACGGUGUUGCGUGCGGUGCUGAGGGAGGCUCAGUUCUAUCAGCUCACCGGCCUGGUCAACCAGAUACAGCUCGCGCUCGGGCUGCCCCUCUCUUCUGCUCCCCUGGCCCCCCGCUCUCCCAUGCCCACUAGUCCGAGGCACGGAGGCUCGACUCCGCGUGAGCGUGAUCGUGAGCGUGAGCGUUCCGUUUCCGUGAAGUCUGAACCCAGGGAGGAGCCCGUGCGAGAACACACGAGGGAGUCUGUGAGGGAGCCCAUGCGGGAACAUACGAGGGAUUCCGUGCGAGAGCCCGUGAGGGAGUCCUUGAGGGAGCUUGCGCGAGAGCCUGCGAGGGAGCCCGUAAGAGAAGAUGCCCAAAAGAUCAAAGGCACCAGUCGUUUGGCCUCUCACACCAUCGUCGAUGAAGGCAAGGUAACGAGAGUCAUCACGUGUAUCGACUUCGACCCCACCGGCGACUACUUUGCCGCGUCUCAGCUCUCCGAGCGUAUCUCUAUCUACUCCUACACUUCGUUUGUGAACGCUCGGGAAAGCGUACCCCUCGCCGCCCAAACGCUGCCUAUAAAGUCCAACAUGAGGUGGGUCGUUAUGCCCGACAAUUCAAACCUCGAUCACACUUGGCUCGUCGCCGACUGCCUGCUGACUACGCUCAGCUGGAACAAGAGCGUGAGACACCUCCUGGCACACGGCGACCACGACGGUAAUAUUUGCCUGUGGAAUACCGAGAUCGCCCAGUUCGCGUCGGCCUCCGAUGAUAGGACUGUGCGGCUCUGGACAAUUGAUGACAAGACGUCUACCGCCAGCAUCGCUUCUAAGGCCACAGUCUGCUGUGUUCGCUAUUCGCCAAACGACUCCAUGCUGGCAUUCAGCUCCGCCGGUUUCGACAACGCAGACCACCACGUGCACUGUUACGAUCUGAGGAACCUCAAGAUUCCGUUCGCCAUCCUGCGUGAUCACCGCAAGGCCGUAUGGGCGCUCAGCUUCCUCAACCAGGAACAGCUCGUUUCUGCAUCGGUCGACGGCACCAUCAAAAGGUGGCACAUGCACAAGGGGACACCGCUCAUGUCCUACUCAGGGCACGCCAACGCCAAGAAUUUCACCGGCUUGACCGUCGAUAGGACCGGCGAACACAUCAUCUGUGGCAGCGAAGACAACCAGGUUUACCUGUGGAACGUUGACACUCCGACUCCUCUCACGACCUACUCGUGCGGCGAGGUUGGUUCCUCGCCGAAGUGGGUGAGCACAGUGGCGACAAGGCCGGGCUCCAACGUCAUCGUGGGCGGCAACAGCGCAGGCGACGUCCACGUCUUCAGGCCCACCUACUAA